UAAAAACGUUUGAUGAUCAUUUAGACAUAACACUGUUUGCAGAGAAAUUCAGCCCAAACACGACAAGUGAUGGAGCUGCCGGUAUUUUCAAAGUCAACGAGAGAGACGAGGGAUUGACAAAUACAUCGGAAGAAAAAAUCAGGAAAUGGGCAGCAGACACAUACAAAUGGUACAAAGAAAUUCUAAGGACAGAUUCAGCCCCAAAACUUGGCAUAUGCCACAUAUCUGGCUACCUAUUAAGCGACAAGGACACCUUAGAGGUUGGCUCAUGGUCAAAAGUUCUUGAUAAUCUUGUCAAAUUGUCAAAAGAGCAGCUGGCUAGUUUUGGUGAAGAAAUAAGAUCUGGCUAUUUUCUGACAAGUGUAAUCUGUGAAAGCAGUAAAUACCUCCCAUGGCUCCUUGAAAGAUUUAAGGAGAAAAAUGGAAAAAUUGUGAGAAAAAGGAUAAAUUCUUUCAGCGAGCUGUCUGAUUAUGACGUCAUAGUUAAUUGCACUGGAAUCGGAGCACGGGACCUUUGCAAAGACAGCGACGUUGUACCAUUAAGAGGCCAGGUUGCACGAGUAAAGGCACCAUGGAUGCGACAUUUCUAUUACGUUUCCUACUCUAGCGGAAGUCAGUCACGAGCUACAUACCUAUACCCAAACAUCGACAAUGUUGUAGUGGGAGGCGUAUUGCAGUCAUCUUGGAAGACCGACCUUUCUGAAGAAGACCACAAAAGAAUCAUGGAUGGAGCUUACGCUUUCAUGCCAUCUCUCAAGAAAGCAGAAAUAAUAAAGAAAUGGGUAGGCCUCAGACCAUCACGGCUGACGUCAGUCCGGUUAGAGAAGGAGGACAUGUGGUUAAAAACAGCUGAUGGAAUGACAACCAAGAAAGUCAGGGUUGUUCAUAACUAUGGACAUGGUCCGUGUGGCAUCACAUUGCAUUGGGGAUGCGCACAGAAUGCAUUGGAAUUGGUAAAGCAAAGCUUGGAAGAGAUUAAUGGCCUAAGUUCAAAAUCGAAACUAUGAUUAGGAAGUACACACUUUUUUAUAACCAUACCUAAUACUUGCCGAGCCUCAAUAUUCUUAAUUUUUUGUUCUGAACCUAAGAUUUUUCUUGAACAUUGUGAAGCUUGAGCAUUGCAUUAUUUUCAAAUUAUUCUUAAAUUUCAGUGAUUCUACGCAUUAAUUUUCCUAUAGACUAUAUUCUUAUUGAUAAAGCAUAUAGACCGAAUCAUUUGGUCUGUUGCUUAUAUUUUGUGUUUGCAGUGUAUAUAAAUAUAAUUGUAUUGUGUAUGGUAGUGAUAGAUUGUGAUAAUGUAAAACAUUUAUGAUAAAUUAUACUAAUUAUGAUAUGGUUUUUCAAAACCUAUAAAAAAUUUACGUCUUUUAGGCACAUUAAUCGUAUUUUGAUUA